AUGCUCAGCGUGUUGAAUUCUGCUGGAGAGAGUGGUCACCUGUGUAUGUGGAACGCAGGCAUUGAUGAAGAUUGUGGGAAGGUUGGCGUAUGUGCAGAGCGUUGGGAGCUCGUGGAGUGGGCGUAUGGAUAUGAGGGAGGACUGCUGCUGUCCGGCGUGAUUGUUGCGCGGCAGCGUCAGUGGGACAAGACCUCGGAGUCUCGACUUGAGGGCAAUGCAGUUUUCGACGCAGCGAGAGGUAUUGAUGAAGUUUGUGGGAGUGUGGACGUAUCUGCCGAGCACCGGGGCCUCGUGAGGACAACCGAUCAGAGAAGAGACUUGAGGGAGGUGCAGUUCUCGACGCAAAGAGAGGUCGGCUGCGUGUUUCGCAGGAAGUACGUGUCAAAAGCAGUUCGCAAGGGCUCUGGUUUCUGCAAGAACGCAGGGGUGUGCAAAAGGCUUUUGGUGCUUUUAGUUGAGACUAGGAAAACACUGAAGAGGCGAGACACAAGUGCAGCGUAUGUCCAGGGUUUGUUGAGGUUUGUCAAAAUAUCGAUGUGGGAUGGAAACGUGGCGAUUUCAGGAAUGCUCAGCAUAUCAAAUUCUGCUGGGGAGAAAUAUCGCAUGUGUGGGUCGAGCGCAGCUGUGGAUGAUGAAUGUGGGAGGCUGAACGUAUGGGCAGAAUAUCGUGCUCCGUCUGUUUAG